AUGGCCGAGCGUUUCCACAGGACGCUAAAGGCGGCACUGAUGUGCCACGCACGUACGCCCUGGCCUGAGAGCUUACCGCUGGUGCUCCUCGGCCUGCGGAACUGCUUCAAAGAGGAUCUGCAGGCCUCCCCGGCUGAAAUGGUCUACGGCACAUCUCUGCGCCUACCCGGGGAGUUCUUUGUCGCCUCUAGUCUCCCUGCAGAUCCCGCCUCGUUCGUGUCCAAGCUCCAAGGCCUCAUGGGAGCCAUCAGACCGAUACCAGCGGCGGACCACUCAGCGCGUCGGCCUUUCUACUUAAAGGACCUGGCCACCUGCACGCAUGUCUUUCGGCGGGUGGAAACCGUCCGGAAACCGCUCGAGCAGCCGUACUCUGGCCCUCACGAAGUCGUCAGGCGAGUCAGCGAGAAGGUGUACGUCAUUCGGGUUGACGGCCACGACAAAACGGUCACGACGGACGCCUUGAAACCGGCUUAUCUCGCCUCGUCUGACCGCGACGUCCUGCGACCACCUGGAGCCGGACGAGGGCGAGCUUUCGCCUUCGGCGAUUCCAUCGCCAUCAUCCGUUCCAGCCGCGCGUCCACCGCUCGCUGA